UCUCAGCCAAUGCAGGAGACCCUUGCUGACCUGGUCCCGCCCCUGCCGAGAGCUCGGCCGGAAGAUGGCGGCGGCCGCUGAGUUGACGCUGCUGGAGAAGUGUCUGGGGCUGAGUAAAGGGAACAAGUACAGCGCUCAGGGCGAGCGCCAGAUUCCAGUUCUUCAGACGAACAAUGGUCCAAGUCUAACGGGAUUGACUACCAUCGCAGCUCACCUAGUCCAGCAGGCCAACAAGGAAUAUUUGCUGGGGAGCACCGCAGAGGAAAAAGCAGUGGUUCAACAGUGGUUAGAAUACAGGGUAACUCAAGUAGAUGGACACUCCAGUAAAGACGACAUCCGCACUGUUCUGAAGGAUCUUAAUUCAUAUCUUGAAGAUAAAGUCUACCUUACAGGAUAUAACUUCACAUUAGCAGAUAUCCUCUUAUACUAUGGACUUCAUCGCUUUAUUGAAACGUCUUAUCAAUCCAGAGACAACUAGAGAUAACACAAGCCCUUCAGGGAGAUUCCACGGGUCAAAGAGCAAGGACACAGAGCAGCCCGGACCCCAGCCCAAGGUAUCUGUCAGGAGGGCUCUGCCACUGGAACUUUUCUUUCAGUUGCUCUUUGCUGUCUGAGCUGCAGUUGAAAGAUUUGUGUCAAAGAGGAGAAAGAAACAGAGGUGUACUCUGGACCUGACCAUCCCAGAGAACAACGCAACGCAGUACUGGGCGGAAGAAAACAAUCAAACAGCUGGAACGUGUAUCUACAGGCUGUAAGCAACAGAAUUUCAGGAAAGUCAUUGCAUAGGGAUUUAAUAUUGUCCCCUCUGGUAGAUGUCACCUCCGUGAGGGGAGGAAAAGCCUGGGUCAGCGCUAUAUCCCAGCCCUUAGCACUGCGCUUGGCACACGGAAAGUGCUCAAUCCAUAUUUGUUAAACGUGUUUGAAUGAGGAAAUGAAAAGGCCAGUUAGAGGUAGUAUGGCUUCCCUCUUCCUUCUCUCCAGAUCACCCUCCCCUACUUUCUCUUUAUCCACCACCUACACUUAAACACGUACGCAGGGACCAGGUUGUUUCUGCCCCAAACCAGCUGGGCAUUUAGCCUCUCUAUGCCUCAGCCUCGUCACCUGUCAAAUGAGGAGAAUAAUAAUGCUACCAACUUCAGAGGACUGCCAUGAGCCCUAGCUGGGUCAGCACGUACAGAGCACUUACAACAUUAGCUGGCCUGUCAUAAGUGCCACGUAAGUGUUUGUUCAAUUGCAGCAAGUUCUGACACUGACUCCCGGAGUUAGCCCAGACCUCAUAGACUCCAGAAGGCUCCACAGCUCUGGCGGUUCCCAGGCCACCUGAGCUUCUGGCCAGCUGUCUACAAAUGUCAGGAGGUCUCACUUUACCCUUUCAGGUUCAAUAAUUCACUAGAAUGACUCACAGAGCUAAGGAAAGUGCUGUGCUUAUGAUUACAAUUUUAUUGUAAAUGAUACAAGUCAAGACCAGCCUAAUGAAUAGAUGCGUAGGGUGAGGUCUGGGAGGGUCCCAAACGCUAAGCUUCUGGGUCCUCAUGUUUGCCUCACCCUCUUGGCACAUUAAAGUACGGCUACCAACCGGGAAGGUCACCCGGGCUGUCCGGAAGGUUUUUACUGGGGUUGCACUGUGAAGACAUGGUUGAUGUAUCAUUGCCUGAAUGACUGAACUCAAUCCCCAGCCCGCUCUCCUCGCCAGAAGUCAAGCUGAUAUUACAUGGCUCAAAGCCUCAACCCUUUAAUCACGUGGUGGUCUUUCAUGCAUGGCCAGCCCCCAUCCUGGAACCAUCCAGGGACCCACGUGAGUGAGCGCUUUAGCAUAACUUCCGGCCCACCAAGAAUAACAAAGCCACUCCCCUCACUUGGGAAAUUCCAAGGAUUUAGAGGUUAUCUUCCAGGAACCAGGGAUACGGAUCAGCCAAGUUCUUUAUUAUACAACAAAAAUAAAGUAGAUUCAAUUCAUUGAACAGGCAGAAGGGGCAAGGAAAACAUUCCAGGAAGGGGGUGUCUAAAAAGGAAGAGGCAGGGCUUCCCUGGUGGCGCAGUGAUUGAAAGUCCGCCUGCCGAUGCAGGGGACAAGGGUUCGUGCCCGGGUCCGGGAAGAUCCCACAUGCCGCGGAGCGGCUGGGCCCGUGAGCCAUGGCCGCUGAGCCUGUGCGUCCAGAGGCUGUGCUCCGCAACGGGAGAGGCCACAACGGUGAGAGGCCCGCGUACCGCAAAAAAAAAAAAAGAAAGAGGCAGAAAUAAUGUCUGGCACAGUCAUGACACAGUGGAGAGACCACAUCGCCACCCCACCCCACCCCCAGCUGAUGGAGCUCUGCUGUUUUAGAAGCACCAGCCUUGAAGUCCAUAGACCAGGGCUCUGACCAUGGUUCUGCUAUUUGAUAACUAUGGUACCAUGUUGUGGGAGUACAUUUACAGAUCAUUGUAAGCCAUGUGAAAUCCUUUCUAUAAGAGGAUAUAAGAAAUCCUCUAUAAGAGGAUUUCUAUAAUUCACACACACACACCUACCUUAGUGGAUUAAAACAACAAAAAUUUAUUAUUUCUCAUAGUGAAACUGCACAAUUCAGAUUGGGACGUGGAACCCACUGUCUUUUUUUUUUUUUUGUGGUACGCGGGCCUCUCACUGUUGUGGCCUCUCCCGUUGCGGAGCACAGGCUCCGGACGCGCAGGCUCAGCGGCCAUGGCUCACGGGACCCAGCCGCUCCGCAGUACCUGGGAUCCUCCCGGACCGGGUCACGAACCCGCAUCCCCUGCGUGGGCCGGCGGACUCUAAACCACUGCGCCACCAGGGACGCCCGAACCCACUGUCUUUUAAUUGAAAUCACACACCUGGUCUCAGGACUUAAUGAAGCUCAGGUUCUUUAUGUCUCAGCAUAGAAAGAAUUCAGUGAGAGACAAAGUGAUAGGUAAGAAAUGAAUUUAUUUAGUGAGAUACACAUUCCAUAGAAUGCGGGUUGUCUCAAACGGCUAGAGUGGCCCUGGGAGAAACACAUUUCACAGACAGUGUGGGCCAUCUCAGAAGUCGAGAGGCCCCAAAAUAUGGGGUAGUUAGUUUUUAUGGGCUGGGUAAUUUCAUAGGCUAAUGAGUGGGAGGACUAUUCCAACUAUUUUGGGGAAGGGGCGGGGAUUUCCAGGACUUGGGCCACCGCCCACUUUUUGGUCUUUUAUAGUCAGCCUCAGAACUGUCAUGGCGCUGGUGCCUGUGUCAUUUAGCUGAUGUAUUACAAUGAGCGUAUAAUGAGACUCAAGGUCCCCUGGAAGUCGAAUCUUCCGCCAUCUUUGACCUAAUGGUUUCUAGCCAGUUUUCGUCAUAUCCUCAGUGGCUAUGUCAUUCUUUUUUUUUUUUUUUUUGCGGUACGCAGUCCUCUCACUGUUGUGGCCUCUCCUGUUGCGGAGCACAGGCUCCGGACACGCAGGCUCAGCGGCCAUAGCUCACGGGCCCAGCCGCUCCGCGGCAUAUGGGAUCUUCCCGGACCAAGGCAGGAACCCAUGUCCCCUGCAUCGGCAGGCGGACUCUCAACCACUGCGCCAUCAGGGAAGCCCUAUGUCCUUCUUUUAGAGGUUGUGCCCUGCCCCCUUCCCUCCUGUUUCCAUAACACUGUGGGUUGAUUAGGCAGUUUUCUGGCUUCAUGUGGUGGUAUCCACUCCACUGCAGUUCAUGGGACUGCGUUCAGCUGGCUGAUGGCUGGGCUGAAAGACCCAAGAAGGCCUCCCUCACACUUGGCUGCUACGGGGCCUCCGUUCUCACCUAUAAAGCCUCUCUACAGGGGAUGUCUCAUCUUCCCGUGCUUCUCCACAGCACGGCCUCUCCCCAGCAGGACAGCCUAGACUUCCUGACAGGAGCAAAAGCAGAAACUGCCAGGUGACUUAAGGCCCACCAUGUUCUACCCAUCAAAGCAAGUCACAAGGUCAGUUCAGACUCCAGGGGAGGGGAAACAAACUCCGUCUCUUGAUGGGCAGCAAGGGAGGAAACAUGGCAGCCAUCUUAGAGACUCUCCCACAUUCUCUGAUCCUCAGCUUCUGUAUCUGAAAAUGGGUAUUUUAAUAUUUAUCCUAACUAGAAUAAUGAGAAGAUGGUAUGUUAUGUGUGAUGACAUUUUAUAAAUUGUAAAGCGCCAAACACGUGCAAGACAUUAUAGUGGUGGCAAAUAAAGGUGAAUUGGGAGAAAGAGCAGAUUAUACAGGGCUUUAAAAGGAGAUAGAGGAGGUUAUUGAAAUAGUAUUUAUUGAGCAUUUGCUGUGCCAAGCACUGUUCUAAGUACUUUACAGGUAUUAACUUCUUUAAUCAUCACUUUAUAAUAUGGAUAUCUUAUUGCUAUUCUGUAGAAAAGGAACAUCAGGCAAGUGGCACAGUCAGAAUUUGAACCCAGUUCUGUCUGAUUCCAAAGUCUUAACUACUGCACCUGGAAUUUGUAAGGCCAGCAGCUCCGGGGAAGGGCCCAGGGAGCCAGACGGAACCCCCGCCAAAGUGGCUGAUGCAACCGACACCUGACAUUGCCACACCACUCGGCCCCGGUCUUCCCGCUCCCCGAGGGGCAGAACUAACGGCUCUGAGGCUGAUGCAACCGACACCUGACAUUGCCACAACACCCGAGAGAUUACCAAAAAAGGGCUGCUUCACACAGCAAGACCUCCCCUGCGUCCAUCCCUAUACAUUUUGUUAGCGCCCGCACCUGGGCGCGACUUCUCUGGCCCCUUUCUCUCGGACCAGUGAACCUCGCCCUGGAGCGUUCCCAAAUCAAGCUUGUUUAAGCUCU